UCCUCCUCCUCCUCCUCCUCCUCCUCCUCCUCCACCACCACCACCACCACCACCACAGAAACCCCUCUCUCUGAAACAAAUCCCCGCCAAAAACACCACUUUCUCUCUCUGAAAUAAGCUUAUUUUCACCACUUUCUCACUCGAAAACAAACUCUUUAACCCCAGCCCUAUCUCCCUUUGAAAAAAAAAAACACAUCUGCUUUCUGGGAUGACUGAUUACCGACUACCGCCGACAAUGAAUCUAUGGACGGACGACAACGCGUCUGUAAUGGAAGCAUUUAUGAACUCCUCCGAUCUCUCUUCUCUUUGGGCACCGCCUCCGCAAUCUUCCGCCUCCACUUCCACGCCAUCAGCAGCAGCACAGCCAUCUGAGAAAACUAUGUUGAACCAAGAAACACUCCAGCAACGCCUUCAGACAUUAAUUGAAGGCGCGUGUGAGGGCUGGGCUUAUGCUAUUUUCUGGCAAUCCUCUUAUGAUUAUUCUGGCGCCUCCGUCCUAGGAUGGGGCGACGGUUAUUAUAAAGGGGAGGAAGAUAAAGGAAAAACUAGAACGAGAAAUUCGGCAUCAUCAGCUGUUGAACAGGAGCAUCGUAAAACGGUGCUCCGUAAGCUGAAUUCGUUGAUUGCUGGACCUAAUUCUGUUACUGAUGAUGCUAUCGAUGAAGAGGUUACUGAUACUGAGUGGUUUUUUCUUGUUAGCAUGACUCAGUCUUUCGUUAAUGGAAGUGGGUUACCUGGUCAAGCUCUUUUCAAUGGGAGUCCGGUUUGGGUUGCUGGGUCGGAGAGGUUGGGGGCUUCGCCGUGUGAAAGAGCCAGGCAGGGUCAGGUUUUUGGGUUACAGACUUUAGUUUGUAUACCGUCUGCCAGUGGUGUUGUUGAAUUGGGUUCUACUGAAUUGAUUUUUCAAAGCUCGGAUCUGAUGAAUAAGGUUAGGGUUUUGUUCGAUUUUAAUAGUUUGGAGGUGGUUUCUUGGCCGAUUGGAACUACAAAUACUGAUCAGGGUGAGAACGACCCGUCUUCGUUUUGGCUUACUGAUCCAGAAACUAAAGAUGGAAAUGGUGGGAUUCCUUGGAAUCUGAACGGGAGUGAUCAAAACAAGAACAAUCAUCAUAGUUCUAAUCAGAGUUCGAGUAGCUUGACUGAUCAUCUGGGUGGAAUUCAUCAUGCUCAGAAUCAUCAACAGCAGCCGAUUCAUGCUCGAAGUCUUUUCACUCGAGAGUUGAAUUUUGGGGAGUGCAGCACAUAUGAUGGGAGUAGUGUUAGAAAUGGAAAUUCCCAUUUGACGAAGCCAGAAUCUGGAGAGAUAUUGAAUUUUGGGGAGAGUAAGAGGACUGCUUCCAGUGCAAAUGGGAAUUUCUAUUCGGGUUUGGUGACAGAGGAGAAUAAUAAGAAGAAGAGAUCAGUUGGUAAUGAAGAAGGGAUGCUUUCAUUUACUUCUGGUGUGAUUUUACCUUCUUCUUGUAUCCUGAAAUCCAGUGGCGGUACAGGAGGGGAUUCAGAUCACUCUGAUCUUGAGGCUUCGGUUGUAAAAGAGGCGGAUAGCAGCAGGGUUGUGGAACCAGAAAAGAGGCCACGAAAACGAGGGAGAAAACCUGCCAAUGGAAGAGAAGAGCCUUUGAAUCAUGUUGAAGCAGAGAGGCAAAGAAGAGAGAAACUUAAUCAGAGGUUUUAUGCACUGCGAGCUGUGGUUCCUAAUGUAUCAAAGAUGGACAAAGCUUCACUUCUUGGGGAUGCCAUAUCAUAUAUCGACGAGCUUAGAACGAAGCUGCAAUCUGCCGAGUCUAGCAAGGAGGAGUUGGAGAAGCAAGUGGAAUCAAUGAAGAGGGAGUUAGUAAGCAAGGAUUCAAGUCCUCCACCUAAAGAGGAGCUCAAGAUGUCAAAUAACCAAGGAGUUAAACUGAUAGACAUGGAUAUCGAUGUGAAGAUAAGUGGAUGGGAUGCGAUGAUACGAAUCCAAUGUUGUAAAAAGAACCACCCUGCUGCUAGGCUAAUGUCGGCUUUGAGAGACCUGGACCUUGAUGUUCAGUAUGCCAAUGUGUCUGUGAUGAAUGAUUUGAUGAUCCAGCAAGCCACGGUGAAGAUGGGGAGUCGGUUUUACACGCAAGAAGAGCUUAGGGUAGCCAUAUCAACAAAUGUUGGUGGCGUCCAUUAGGCAUUGAACAGAACAACAAAUGCAAUUAGCAGUUGGGAUAGAUCCUGGUAAAGAUUACAGGUUCCGACUUUAUUUAUUAAUGUUGUAGGUUUAUGGGACGUUUUAAGGCUCCCAUGGUGGCACAAGCCCUGUACAAUAGUAUUGUUUCUUUGUAGCUGUUUAAGUAUAACUCUGUGAGUUUGGGGAAGAUCAAAUUGAGGGGCUGAACUGGUAAGCUAUAUGAAUGAAUUGAAGAUGGCUAUUUUUGUGUUUA